UAUUAAUAUAUAUGAUAAAUGGAUUGAAUUACAAAAAACUAAUAUAAAUAAUAAUGAAAGUGAUGAUAUAUUAACAAAUGAAGAUGAUGAUUUUUAUAUAUAUUCUAAAAAUGAAGAAUAUAAUAAAAAUAGUAAUUUUGUAGAUGAUAUUUUAACUAAUGAAUAUUCAGAGGGUGAAGAAUAUAAUAAAAAUAGUAAUUCUAAUGAUGAUAUUUUAAGUAAUGAAUAUUUAGAGAAUGCAGAUAAUAAUAAUGAAACAACUAGUAAUUUUGCAAAUAAUCAAAUUAGAGAUUUUGAUAAUAAAACAACUAGUAAUAAUGAUGAAAUAAAUAGUAACAAAUUUACAGAUGAUGAAGUAACUAAUAAAAACUUUGUAAAUAACAAAAUAAGUAGCUAUAAAUCUACUGAUUAG